GCGCCCCGUGGUCAGUUGAAGUGGAAAGAGACCAUGCACGAGAAGGCCUUCAAGUCCAUGGAGUCUGCGACCGUGGCCCUGUCUUCUGCAGAAGGUGCGCGGAGCCACGUGGAGUUUGAGAUGCCAGUUGCCAGCUCGCGCAAGGAGGCCUUGUCCUUAGUCCUCGCGAACAACGCCGACCCUGAGACUGCAAGCACGAGGCUCCGCGAUUACACCGCAGCGGUCGAGGCAAGGGAGUCGGCGCGUGAUGUCGAAGUCAGGACAGGGGGUACCACUGCAGCAGACAGCGUCACAGGCGAGCGAGCCAAGCUCGGCCAGGGACCGCCUCGUGGAAGCUACGAGGACCUCAUCACCAUGAAGCAGUUCGACGACAAGCUUGAAACCUUCGUGGGCGCGAGUGCGCGUCAGGAGCUGACGGACAUCGCAGAGGACCUCCAGAAACUCAAGGAAGCAAUCUCCGAGCUCGUUGGAGUGACAGCAGGUGUUGCACGCGAGCUAUCGGCUGGAGUCGUUGUGGCCAAAAAGAAGAUCCAACAAGAGAAGGAGCUAACUGACCAGAAGAAGCAGAAGACCGAACAGUCGAGGAGAGCUGCCCGUCCUGCUGGCGCACCGCCUGCAUUCAAGGCUGAUUCCAACAAUCCGUCUGGUCCCUUCGUUUUCUUGCCCAUGUCCGGGGUCAAGGAGAUUGAAGCGUUGACGAGCUCGGCGUUCACAAAGAAGCUCAACAAUGGUCUCGCGUUUGACGUGCCACGCAUCGUGAACAUCGACCCAGGCUGCGAGGUCUUCGAGAUAUUCGAGGGCUUCCUGGGGCCAGUCCUGUCUCAGGCCAUGGCGACCGCGAAGUCAGAGAUGACGUCGGGCCUAGCGAUGGAUAGGCCCUCGGUGAACUUGGCGCCCCUCUUGCAGCAAGCAUUCUUUGCUCGCGCCAUGGGCCGCCUUCACUGCGCGCCCGAGCGGGGUUAUCUUGGGGCUGCGCGCGCAUCGGUGAUCGGAUCCUGGGAGAUCUUGGCAGCGCCUCUGACUGCGCUGCACGAGGGACUGAUCGCCUGGAGUGCGAAGACGCCACUGCGCAUCAGCCAGGCGCGCAGGUACUUCAAGCAGAUGUCCGAGGAGCUGUUCAAGGUAAUGGUGUCCUCGCCGAACGGCGGCGUCUACCACGGGGCCGUCGGCGCGCGAGACAUGUCGAUCAUCCUUCCAUCGUGGGUCGCCCUCGAGCGCGCGUCCAGCGCAGGCGCGCUAGGGUUGCGUUUGUCGUGGGCUUCGCGGGCCGACGUCCACGGCCUCGAUGCGCUGCGCACGGUCCUCACCCAGAACGGCUCGCACAGCGAUGCGACGGCGGAGGUGCUGGACUAUGCGAAGGUCUACGACGACAAGGUGAAG